AUGGGCAAAUCCACCUGCAACGUCGGGGGGCAAUCGCCGGUGCCGCCCUCCCACCAGGAGUUCCAGUUCCAGCAGAACGCUACCACCACCGCGCCCGUUCCACCCGACUACGACCAGAUGGCGACGCCCGCCUACGACCAGGUGGUGAAGGGGCGCGCGCCGAGCGCCCUUGCCCCGAUGGACCGGUGCUAGCGAAGCCUUGGGGGGAGGGAGGGGCACAGAAAAGAGCGUGACAGGUUUUGAUUGGUUUGCCUUCUGUAUUAUUAUAUAGUAGAACACGUGUUGUCAAUAGAAGGAUAUAUUUAAGCGCAGCAGUGGCGUGGCAGGUGAUAUCGAUAGUUGUGCGGACUGUUUCGACCUUGACCGCUUCGUUGCCCUACCACUUUCAGUAUGGCGUAUGUAUCUUUCAAUUUUCGGUUGAUUUUCGUCGUUGGCUGUCAGGGCAGGGUACUCUCCCUUCUUCCCCUCGCUCCUCGACAAGCUUUUGCUUAGACAUGGGUUGUAGCGAAGGGGGGGGUCUUUCUGGCGAGCAGGGCUAGACUCACCCUCAAGGGAUGACCGAAACCUUCUUGCUGCUGCGCAUCCGCCGCGAGGCGUGCGUGUGGUGGUGGAGUUGGGUCGGCACUGAUGGGGUCAGGCGGGAAAAUGUAGAUGCGCGGGCCUUUCUGGCCGUCGGCGUAGGCAGUGAUGCCCAUCUCAUUUUUGUGCGCGGAGGCAGACACCAUCAGAAAGGUGGACGGGCACUACACGGCCCUAGGUUUGCUAGAGGGAGCUGUAUUGCCUCAGUAACCUGGCUUCGCCAUCAAAGGAGGAGGGAGCAGGUGGCGACGAGCUGAACUAGGCUGGUUGACCAUUUGGCGCGAGAAUUUUUAUUUUUUUCAGACCAAGAACCUUGAGUGCAAUGAGGGAGAAAGCGAGGAACGGACUGGGAAGGACAG